AUGUGGCAGCGAAGUAUCGGCGUCCACUUGAAGUUGCAGCAAGCUGGCUUCCUCAAUCGGCCGUCAGCACCAGUGGGACGACGGCAGAGGGAGAAUGCACCGACACAGAACCUCGCGAAGUUGGACCAGGCCUUCUCAUGGGGUCCAAGCAAAGAUGUGCUGCGCGAGCACAACUCGAAUGAUGAUGCAGGAGGAGACACGGUAUCGUUUCUUCGCAACGACGCCGGCAAGCCCACAGCGCGUUUCGAUGUUGGCGACAUUUGCGAAGUCGUUGGUGGCGCGUUAGUCCGUGCUUCGGAAGAGCUCGACAGUGACAAGAUUGGUCAGCUUGUGGAUGGGUGCCGAGCAGAGGUCGUGGAAAUAGGUUCCGGGCCUACUGGCAAGCGCAUCGCGAUCGAAGACACGGACGGCUUGAGAGGAUGGGUGAGUGUGGUGGCCACCACAGGCGAAACUCUCAUUCGAAUCGUCGAGAAGGAGCUGCGAGGCGAAGCUCGAGCAAAGAGGAUUGAAGCCGCUGCGAAAGCAGCACGGCACGACUUCAGCAAGCCCACGGCACGCUUUGAUGUUGGAGACGUCUGUGACGUCGUCGGAGGAGCGAUCAUGCGAGAGAGCGAGGAGUUGGAUAGCCGGCAGCUGGGGAAGCUGCAGAACAGAAGCCAAGUCAAGGUUGUGGAGAUUGGAACAGGACCAACAGGCAAGCGUCUGCUGGUGACCGAUGACACAGGUCGUGCAGGUUGGAUAAGCGUGGUCUCAUCUGAUGGUACUCAACUCUUGCGUCCUGUGAAAACGCCGGAAAUACCAUUGCCCGAGACUCCGCAGGAGAUGCAGCUCAGCAAGCAGGUGACGCACGCGGUCGCCCCCCAAGUUCGCAAGGACGUGCUUUCGCAAGCGCUGGCCCCCUUCGUGGAACCUGCAGUCCUGGUCAGUUCCUCUAGAGCUCAACGCGGCUUCGAUUUGGAAGUUUCCUACUUGGAGAGGGAACACAUGGAGCAGCUCUUGGCGGACAAGUUUGCUACGGAGGGUGUCCAGGAGCCGAGCUACGACCACGUCAAGCUCCGAGACGCAAAGGGAAAAUGGUACAGGCCUGGCGAAGCACCGGAAGUGCCGACGCCCGACUUGUUUCCGAUUACACUCUACUACCGGCCUCCGAAGCCUGAGCAAUCAGCGGAAAUGGUCCUUGCCCUGCGUCAGCGGAAGGCCUACGAGGCCUUGACGCCAACUCAGCGCCGUGGUCUCUCAGAAGUGCAGCGCCAACUGGAGCGAGCCUACUCUACAGAGAGCAAUGACUUGCUGGACCGUGCCAUGUGCCUGGCACAUUCCCUUGGCUUGCCACUCGGGACUGCUGGGCUGCCUGUCUCCUUGAUGCCAGAGUCUGUUUGCUUCCCGAAAGGCAACGAGCCCUUGCUUUACGACGGGCAUCUUUACUCGAUGCAGUCAACAUCCAUGCUGGUCUUCGAUCCUCCGGACUUCAGCGUGCCCAUGGGGAUUUGGAAUGCGCAACGCCAGCGUGUGGAUCCCGCUGUGAUGCAGAAUGAUGAUGCCGGACGCACUGACAUCAUCCACUUCGGCAAGACCUUUCACAUGCUGGAACAGGGGCAUGUGAUCGACCCCGACUCUCAGCAGGUGGUUGGGAUGAUACGUCCUAUGACCGGUGACUUCGAGUUCUUUGACCCCAUUCCCCUUCCUGUGGCUGACUUCAUGAUGAGGCGUGGGUUUCGGCUAGAGGCUCCUUCUGCGAGGCUCACCAACGGUCCUUUUGUGCAAAUCCUGCCUCAGGUGGAAGAUGACGACGGGAUUCCAGAACUUCACUUGCAGAUGCAGGCUGCUGGUAAUGCAAAAGCGUUGAAGUAUGCUCCGAUUGAACAGCGUGGUAACAAAGACAUGAUGAUCCAAGCAAUGCGUCAGGGACAGGGCCCGCAGAGUUGGAAGAUCAUGCUUUGCGGAACACAAGAGAUCCUGGAAGACCGGGAUGUUCUUUCCGAAGCAGUGAAGCAGGACUACUCUGCUAUGGCCUAUGCGUCCAACUACUACAGUGACCGCAACUUCAUGCUGCAGGCAGUGCAACAGCAUGGAGUGGCUUUACAAUAUGGCACUGAGGAGAUCCGUGCAGAUCCUGACCUUGCAUACAUGGCCGUCAAGGCAAGCUGGCGAGCACUCGAAAACGUUUCGGAGAAGCUGCGCGGUUCUUCGCGCAUAGUCCGAGAGGCCGUGAAGCAGUGCUGGCAAGCCUUGGAGUACGCUUCAGAGGAGCUCCGGGACGACAAGGACGUGGUCAACUUGGCCGUGAAGCAAACCUGGCGUGCCCUCCAAUUUGCCUCUGGUCGUCUGCGCGGCGACGCGGCAUUCAUGUUGAAAGCAGCGGCCCAAAGCGUCGACGCCCUGCAUUUUGCUGCCGAUCUGCUUCUCAGCGAUGCCGACUUCAUGAAGCAGGCUGCGCAGCUUGACGGCAUGGCUCUUCGCUUUGCUGCAGAAGACGUUGUCGACCGGGAUUUGGUUCUGCAGGCUGUGCGGACAAAUUGGCAUGCACUUCAGCAUGCCCCUGAUGUGCUACGUGCAGACAGGGCAGUGGUUCUGGAGGCUGUCCGGCAGCAUCAUUCUGCGCUGAAGUUGGCAUCUCCCGAUGUUCUGCUGGAUGAGGAGCUGAUCUUUGAAGCAGCCAGGAGGCGACCUGACUUACUGCGCAGCUUGCCGGAUGAGCCUCGUUCCAGCAGAGGUCUCAUGAUGCGAAUGGUCAAGCUGCAUCCAAUGUCGCUUCAAUAUGCUGCAGAUGGAAUCCGCCGUGACGAGGAAAUAGUGCUAGAGGCCUUGCGGCGGAACUGGAGAAGCUUUCAAUUUGCUGCGCCGGAGCUGAAGUCGUCGUCCCGGGCUUGGCCCGUGCAGUUGGAGAUGACCUAG